UUCUCAAGCAAGAUGAAAUUUACCAUAUUCCUAGGCGUUCUGGCUGUCCUCGUGUGCUUGGCUCAGUCACAACCUAUCGCCCAGGAUUCACUCGCUGAGCGGGAGCCCUCGGCAGUUGAGCCCGUGCCACAGGACUUCCACAGCCGUCAGAAGCGUGCCACAUGCGAUCUGCUGAGCGGCUUCAAUGUGAAUCACUCGGCCUGUGCAGCUCACUGUAUUGGCCUGGGCAGGAGUGGAGGCUAUUGCAAUGAUAAGGCUGUUUGCGUUUGUCGACGUUGAAAUAUUUAUAUUGACAGAUUCAAUAAAAUUGCAAUUAA